AUGUGCCACUGCGUGGGCUACCGACACGAUACAGACGAGGAGUGGGCCGAGAUGCAAAAGAAGGAAGAGUGGAUACUCGAGCGCUUGAAAGCCAAGUUCCCAAUACGGACUUCGACAGCUCCGUUGUCUUAUGUGAGUCCGCCUACUUUUCAACACAAUGCCGAGAAGAAAGAAGAGGAACGAUAA